AUGCGUCUCGACAUGCGAAACCUUCUGGCUGCCUCCCUUCCUCUUGUCGUCCUGGGUGCGCGCAAGCGCGACGUGUCCCCGUCCGCAACAUUCCAAUUGUACGCGUACGGCGAUGGCUUUGGUGGAUUGCCGCUCUUCUAUGCGGAUGGCCUCGCCUACAUUGGUGAUCCGAGCCUUGCUAACAGCUCGGAUGCUGCUGUCGUGAUCUUCACUACGGACUCUGAUCACCACUUCGUCGGCAAUCCAAACGUCACUGCCGGCGAUAUUGCGCCCUCGUGGUCCAACGUUACGUUGUUCGUUCCCGAGCCCUCGUCCGGCGACAAGCGUGUUGGCUUCCUUCCGCCGAACGAUGGUACCGGCAACGCUACCACGCAUACUUCUGGCUUCGCCUUCUACGGGUCCACGGCCAUGCUUUACGGCGACGAUGGCAGCAUCGCGACCUCUUUCAGCGGCAUGCAGUCGCAGAAGAACGGCAUCUACGAGCUCUUCUGGAACGACACUGAAGGAACAACACCGUUGACGCUGAGAAGACAAGCACCUAGCAACAAGCCUAGUAACAUAACCUCGGAAGCUCGCUAG